GCUAGUAUCGCGUGUUUGGGGAUGUCACGGAAGAGUUUCGCGCUUGCGCUCUGCAUCCGUGGACCAAAAUUUUGAGACAAGUGUAAGCCGUGUGGUAAAGUGCGUCCAUUUUGCGAGGAUUAUCGAGUUUUAAUACAAUAAUCAUGACGUGCGGAGCGCAAUGCAUGUCCCUAGGCCCGCCGCCAGAUACUAUCCUGUAUUUGCCACCACCACCGCUACCGGCGUUCGUCGCUAACGUUGCGAACCUGACUCCACCCUGCCGCACAUCGAAAUGCCCACCGCCGAACAACGAGGAGAACUCCUUGUUUCCGGGCGUGGAAUAUCAUGAGCUGCCUAGACACGUGGCGGGUGUUGCAGAACCAGGCGGUGGAGACGAUACUUGGCUGCUCGUGCUCGUCACUUGCAGCGUAGCUGUUCUCUGCAUCGCUGCACUGCUGGCGAUAUUCCUGUUUAGGUGCCGAGAGUUAUCCUUGUACAGGUCCCGAAGCGGUUGCAAGAGCAGCUCAGGCAAGGCUGGAGGCUCCAACGCGCUCUACGGAGGCGCAGCUCUCGACUCCCGCGUCCUCUGGGCCGCCCUCACACCUAGGGGCACCCGCCACUUUGUUGCCGACACCUACCCCCAUGAUGAAACUGAAGAUCAUCACUACGAGUGCGUCGAACCUCCACUUUAUAAGUUGGGUCCGCCAGAAGACCUCGCUAUAACGCGGCAUUUCAACGUCGAAUACGAAGAUCCAGCUCCAUUGAUUGAAAGCUAUGCUGACCGCACUGAGGAAUACUUCAGAAACGGCAUGGAAACCCUUCGCAGGGGAAGACCACUGGUUUCCUCUCCUACCAGAAUCGAACGACCCAACUUGCCACCUCUUAAUCUCCAGCCGAGGACCCUCCGCAGGGCACCGCAUUCUCGACGGGUGAGUGACGCCAACAACCCAGAGAAAGCGGCCAUCUGAACCGAGGGUGGCGCGGUCUUCUCCGUCGCCGACUCUACCGAUAUCGACUACGAUUGGCAACCUGACACCGCCAACGUCGAUCGACUCGUGUAAACUUCCAGGACGUAUAGGCAGCGACAUACUAAAGAGGAUUCCUGACGACGAAUACCCGUACUCUAGUGCAAGAAUUGUGUGUGCAAGAAUUCUAUAAACAUCUACCUGUCUCCUUUCACCCUUCUAAGGUUGCCGUUGCCUGUAUUUUCAACUAUAUCACUCAUCAUUAGUGUGAAGGAAAAUGUUAUGAGCCGCUUAUGCGGCUGAUGGACCACUUAAUUCAUAUAGUUUUAGUUUUCAGUGAAUGCAAAGCUUGAAGUGCAAGUUUAUAGUGAACAACAUUUUCAGUGACUGCGUUCUGUGUAAUAAUGCUCUUUAGAGAUAGGUAUAUAUUGCUGGCAUAAUGGUGAAACGUUAUGAUUAUAUUGCGUUAAAACCAAGUAUCUACUUAUGGCCUGGGGGCCUACCGCGAAAACCGAAAUUCGCAAAUUGCUCUUUUACUCUUCGUAAGACGUAAUCAGAGUGACAGAGAAAAAUGCCCGCAAUUGACGAAUUUCGAUUUUCCCGGUAGCCGCCCUGUUUCCAUACUACGCCACACACACCAAUCCUUUCCAAUUUAAUUAAUCUAGCAGGAAAGGACAGAAGGUAUACACCAGUGUUUGAAAACUGGUGCUGUUUUAGCAGCAUGCAUUUAGGUAUUUCUAUGCAUUAUUUUAAAAUUAAUUAUUUAACUUAUUUAUACCAAACUGUAAAUACCUAGACCAUAGAUAUUUUAUAAUUUUAAUGUUUAACAGCUGUGCAAUGUAAAAUGCAAUGCCAUUCUUUUCUAGUCUUAUUAGGGACACGUCUUACUGAUACUCUGUAGUAAAAUUGGUGGGGAACCCUUUAGCCUUCUAUCACUUUGUUUAUUGUUUUUGAAGUAGGUGAAUUACGGCUCGAUUCGAAGAAUGAGAUACGAUAUAGAUAAGUUCUGGUUUAGAUAAGUUCUCAUUUAGAUAUCGUUUGUGUGUUGUAUAAUUGACAGAAGCAGCUAGAUUCGGGCAACCAAUAUCACUUUGACGUUAGAAAUAUCAUAGAUAGAUGAUAUUGGGAUCACAGCGGAAUCGAAAUAAACGUCAAUUUUGACAUUUCGUUUAGCUAUCGACCCGUUAAAGAUCUUUCCAAGAUCUUAAACGUGUCUUAAUCAUUCUUCGAAUCGGGCCGUUUAGCUUGUGCUGAGAAGUUUACUAUAAAUUCGAUGUUGAAAUGAAAACUGCUAGCUUCAGGUUGAGUCCUACCGCUUUUAUCCCAAUAUCACUUAAAGGGUUAACAUCAAUGUUUCUAGUCAAUACGUAUAAAUGUCACAAUGUAUUUUUCACAAUAGUACCCUGUACUCGAUGUCUAUUUCUACUCUAUAUUUAAUUAAUACUGCAAUUACUGCACUAAAAAAACGUAACGUAUUCAUAUAGACGAAACUGCGUAAUGUCUGUGUUUUACAUUUUGUAAUGACUGCCUUUUAUACGUAUCAAUAAAUCAUUGUUUUACUCUUA